GCUGGGGCAGACGCUGCGAACCCCCUCCAGGCCGGGCCGGUGCGGCUGCUGGGAGCCCCCGGGGGGGAUGGCGGACGGGACCCCCGGUGUCCCCCGCUCGCGCUCGCCCCGGCCCGGCCCCCCUCGCGCCCCGCCGCAAGAAGAAGAAGAAGAAGAAGAAGCCGCCGCAGAAGCCCCCGGUGACCUUAGUCCGCUGCGCUCGGCUUCGGGCGGCUCCGCUUGCAGCAGCCGCGACAACUCGGCCGAGAGGGAGCCCCCCGGCCUGGCCAGGACCGCCCCCGCCGCCGGCAUCAUGAAGGAUGGGUCCCGCCAGCGCCCAGUGCAGCAUCAGAAGAAAAAGACGGUCUCCUUCAGCACCAUGCCCAGCAAUCGCAAGCUCAGCAGUACUGCGGCCUGCAUUUCCUUCAUGCUGGAGGGCUGCGAGAUGAAGAAGGUGCGCUCCAACUCCCGCAUGUACAGCCGGUUCUUCGUGCUGGACCCGGACUUGCGCUUCAUGCACUGGGAGCCUUCCAAGAAGGACUCUGAAAAAGCCAAGAUUGAGAUCAAGUCGAUCCGGGAGGUGCGGGUUGGGAAAAAGACACCGGUGCUGCGCUCCAACGGCCUCUCGGACCAGUUCCCGGACGAGUGCGCCUUCUCUAUCAUCUACGGAGACAACUACGAGUCUUUGGACCUGGUGGCCAGCUCCGCUGAUGUGGUGCACGCAUGGGUGAUGGGCCUGCGGUAUUUGGCCUCCUACGGGAAGCACACCCUGGAGGAGGCCCCCGAGACGGGCCAUCCCAAUCCCCGGACCUCCUGGAUCUCCUCAGUCUUUCACCUGGCCGACCUAGAGAAGGAAGGCCGGAUCCCAGUCUCCCGUGCCGUGCAGCUUAUUCGGGCGCUCAACCCUGGCAUGAAGGCCUCGACAAUUGAGCUGAAGUUCAAAGAGCUCCAGAAAGCAGCCAGCGAGCGGCUCGGGGAGGAGGUGAGCUGCCAGGUCUUUGUGGAGGCCUACUGUGAGCUGUGCACCCGUCCGGAGGUUUUCUUCCUCUUGGUGCAGUUUUCCAGCAAUAAGGAGUACAUGGGCCUGAAGGACCUGAUGAGCUUCUUAGAAGCGGAGCAAGGCAUGGAAGGGGUGACGGAGGAGAUGUGCAUGGAGAUCGUGGGCAAAUACGAGCCGUCCAAGGAGGGCCGGGAAAAGGGCUACUUGGCCAUCGACGGCUUUACGCGCUACCUUCUUUCAGCAGAUUGCGACAUUUUCGACCCACAGCACCGCAAAGUGUGCCAGGACAUGAGCCAGCCGCUCUCCCACUACUUCAUUAGCUCUGCACAUGGGGCGUGCCUGGCUGAGGACAGCUGCUUCUGGGGCGGCUCGACCUCGGAUAUUGGGGGUUACGUGGCGGCCCUCAAGGCUGGCUGCCGUAGCUUGGAGCUUGUGGUGUGUGACGGCUCGUCCGGAGAGCCCGUGGUCAGUGCCGGGACCCGCUUGGCCUUCUCCAGGGUGGUGGGUGCAGUGGCAGAGCAUGCCUUCGAGGUCUCGGAGUUUCCGCUCAUCCUGUGCCUCUCCGUGCGCUGCUGCGUUGCUCAGCAGAGGCUUGUGGCUGGACAUCUUAGGAAGAGCUUUGGGGACAAGCUGUACCUGACACCCCCGAACCCAAACGAGGCCUACCUCCCCUCUCCGGAACGACUCAAGGGAUGCAUCCUCAUCAAAAGCCGGAAGCUGCUCCCCAGCUGCCAGUCGAGCGAGGGGGAUGUGUCUGACGACGAGGAGACCUUGGAGCUGGGUCUGCUGCUGGCUGAGGAGGGUCGGGAGCCGCCCCGCUGCCGACAGCUCUUGUGCCGAGAGCUUUCAGACCUGGUGAGCCUGUGCCAGACGGUGUCUUUCCAGGGCUUUGAGGCCUCUCGGCGGGGCCAGUGCUAUUGGGAGGUUUGCUCCUUCAGCGAGGUGGAAGCCGGGCGCUACGCCAACGAGGAGCCGGAGGACUUUGUGGCCUACAACAAGCGCUUCCUGUCACGGGUGUACCCCAGCCCUAUGCGCAUCGACGCCAGCAACAUGAACCCCCAGGACUUCUGGAAGUGUGGCUGCCAGAUGGUGGCCAUGAACUACCAGACUCCGGGCCUCAUGAUGGACCUGAAUGCCGGCUGGUUCCGCCAGAACGGGGGCUGUGGCUAUGUGCUCCGGCCGGCCAUUAUGCGUGAGGAGGUCUCCUACUUCAGUGCCAACACCAGGGACACCUUGCCUGGCAUCUCAGCCCAACUGUUGCACCUCAAGAUCAUCAGUGGCCAGAACCUGCCCAAACCCAAGGGCUCUGGGGCCAAGGGGGACGUGGUGGAGCCGUACGUCUGUGCCGAGAUGCACGGCAUUCCUGCCGACUGCAUGGAAAAGCGCACCAAGACAGUGCUGCAGAGUGGGGACAACCCUGUCUUCGAGGAGACCCUGGAGUUCCAGGUCAACCUCCCAGAGUUGGCCAUCCUCCGGUUCAUGGUGCUUGAUGACGAUUACAUCGGGGACGAGUUCAUUGCCCAGUACACGAUCCCCUUUGAAUGCCUCCAGAUGGGCUACCGCCAUGUGCCCCUCCAGUCCCUGGCGGGCGAGCCCCUCCCCAAUGCCACCCUGUUCGUGCACGUGGCCAUCACUAACCGGCGGGGCGGAGGCAAAGCACACCGGCGGGGGCUCUCCGGGCGCAAGGGGCGCCGCCUGCGGGAGUACACUUCCACCAAGGCCACGGGAAUCAAGGCCAUCGACGAGGUGUUCCGCUCUGCCACUCAGCCGCUGCGAGAGGCCACAGACCUGCGGGAGAACGUGCAGAAUGCCCUGGUCUCCUUCAAGGAAUUGUGCGGCCUAACACCAGCAGCCAACAUCAAGCAGUGCAUCUUAAAAUUGGCCACGUGGCUACAGCCCAGCGAGAAGGAGAGCUCCCCAGCCGUCACCCUCAACCUGGGAGAGGAGUACCCCUCCAUGGAGGCCCAGGGGCCUGUCCCGGAGCUCCUGAGGAAAGUGCUUGCGGCCUACGACGCUAUGAUCCAGACAAGCCGGACGCUGAUUGAGUCAGCUGAUGCUGUUCACACCAAAAUUAUUCAGGUGCAGCAAGCAGGAAUGGGUUUUCACAAGGAGCUGCACCGCUUGGAGGCCAAAGAAGGUCUGAAAGGGCGGAAGCUGCAGAAAGCUCUGGAGAGUUUUGCCUGGAACAUCACCGUCCUCAAGGGCCAGGCUGACCUGCUCAAGCACUCCAAGGCAGAAGCACUUGACACGCUGUGGCAGAUCCACAACGCCGCCCAGUCGUGUGGCAUUGGGCGGAAUGGAGCGGCCUCUCCCGACCUCUUCCGCGGCCGUAGCGUUCUUGACCCCAUCCCGGAAACGGAAGGAGCCAGCGACACAGGCUCUUGCUGACUGGGAAUGGACAAGACUAGGGGAGGGGACUCGUGGACACAGCGGGUGCCAUAGAGGGACUUUGACAUGC